AUGUCUUCAUCCUCAGAUUCAUCAUCCGAUUAUGAUGAUUAUGAUGAUUAUGAAUUAGAUGAAGAAGAAAAUGAAAAAGAACCAUCAAAAUGGGAAAAAGUAAAAGAAGGUUGGGAAGAAUUUUUAGAGGAUGAAUCAGCAUUUUUUGUAUCUCAAGAUGAUCAAAAUAAACAAAGUGAAAAUACACAAAUUGAAGAUUCAAAUAAAUUUUAUGAUCCAUUAGGUAUUUUAAAAAUUCCUCCAAGAAAAUCUGCUGGUGUUAAAAAGGAAGUUUUAUCAUUGGAAUCAGAAUCAUUUAGUCCAGUUGUAUUUUUAUCAGAGGUUCAUUCACAAACUAAAUUUUCAGAAUUGGCAGUUGGUAUGAGCAAAUUAAAAGAAGCAUCAAGUUCCAAAGCAUUAGAAAUCAAAUUUCUUGUAAAAGAAAAUUUUGAACAUUUUGUAAAAUGUAAAGAUACAGUAGAUCAAGUCUAUGAUUUAAUUUCAAAAAGUAAAAUAUUGGAAGAUAUGAGUUCCUCUUUUACAAAAAUUAUAAAUAAAUCAUCAGAUGUUUAUCACCCAUUAUUAAUGAACAAAAAGAAAGCAGAUGAAAUUAGAAAAGUUUUAACAUUAUUAAAUAAAUAUAAGGUAAUUUUUAAAUUACCAGGAAAAAUUACAGAGAACAUCAAGCAUAACGAAUAUGAAAAAGCGGUACACAAUUAUAAGAAUGCCAAAACAUUAAUUACAUCAAGUCAAAAGAAAGAGUUCCAAAAGAUUUUACACGAUAUCGAAAACAUUAUAGAAGAUUUUAGAAAUCAAUUAUUUACAUCACUUCGAGAUCCUUCAACUAAACUAGAUCAAUUAAAAAAGUCAAUUAAAACUUUAAUGGAAAUUGGUAAUGGCAAAGGAGAAUGGUCAAGUGUUGGUGAUCCAUGUUGGUAUUUCUUAUCAAAUAGAUAUAAUGCAAUUACAAUGUUGUUUAAACAAUGCUCUGAAGAUAAUACUUUACCAAAUUUUAAAAUUAUAAGAAAAUUAUCAAUUUUAUUAUUAUCAAAUGUACCAAAUUUAUUUAAAAUGGGAAAAUAUUAUGUUGAAGGCAAAUUUGAAGAGAAUAAUUUAGAAUAUCAAAAAUUGAAGCAACAACAAUUUUUACAACAACAACAGAAUUUACAACAACAAACACUAAACACUGGCAAAACUAAAGAAGUAAAGAAUGUAAAUGUAACAGUUUAUUAUUUAGAUGAGUCAUUUUCAAGUUAUAAAAUAGAUCAAGAUAAAAGAGUUAAAGAUUUAAUUGAAAUGUGCAAAAAGAGAUUUAUCGAAGAAGAUGACGAUGAGUUUUGUUUAUAUAAAUUGUCCGAAAAAAAAUCAAAGUCUGAUCAAAUUACAACUAUUAAAUUGGUUGAAUUGUCCCAUGAUGAAUCACCAUUUAAACUUCAAAAGAAAUGGAUUGAAAAAAGCUCAAAGAAUCAUAAAUUCCUUUUCAAGAGAAAGCACGAUGAAUUUACAUCAAAAUCACUAAUCAAUCCAGCAAUCGAUAAAGAAAGUAGUCAUAUUGUUCAGAUCGAUCUUAAUAAUUCAUACAAAUCACAUAAAAAGCAAAACUCUGCUGCAACUAGCGCAACAAACGAAGAGAACUUUAAGAAAUUAAUUAUCAAACUCUUGGAGCAAUAUUCACAACAAGUCGAGGAUUUAUUCUUUAAUCCAAAUGAAGAUGAUUUCCCAGAUAAUGAAAAUGACGAUGACAACUAUUUCGACAAUAUUAUAUCAAACAACUAUGAACAAUAUCAGUCAUCAGAUAUUUCAUUCCACAUGGUAGAGAAUGUUAACGAAGUUAUCAAAUGCCAAGAAAUGCUUCAAGAUUUAGGAAUGCCAGAAUCAUAUUUAGUUUCAAUUAAUGGUUUGGUAGAAACACUUACUUUACACUUUAUUAAACAAAUUUGCUCAGAGAUGGUUGCUGAGGUUUCAUUCCUCUAUCUCUUAGAAGAUUGGACUGUCAACGAAUCUAGCGACGAUGCAUUGGCAUCAGGUAAUCAAGUUGAUGGUAUGUCCACAACUCGUUUAAUGGGUGAAUUUAUUAAUGCAGUUAAAUCAAAUUUAGAAAAGUUAUCAUUCCUUUCAAACAAACCAAUGUUGUUGUCACCUGUCGAAUCAGCAUUAUGUGAAGCCAUUGAAAGCUUUGGUGAUUGUUUACAUCAUUUGGCAUUUAACAGCGAAUCUAUUCAAUUAACAAUCGAAGAUAGUUUAAAUCAAAUGAAUUUAGAUGAAGAACAAAAAACUGGUAAAAAUGAAUCGGAUAAUAAUGAACCUUUAUCACCAAUUUCAAUUUCACAGCAACAAUCCCCACAAACUCCACAAACCCCAUCAUUAUCAGCAUCUCAACAACAAAAUUCUCAACAAUCAUAUCAACUUACACCAUCAGAAAAACUAUUAUUAACAUUAUCAAAUUGUUCUACUGUUGUUUCUAAAACAGCUAUACAACUUCGUAGCUUUUAUGUUAGUUUAUUCCAUCAACCUGUUGGCAGUUAUUUAAAGAAGGUUAUUGAAAAAUUAGGUGUAUUGGAAAGAUUAAUUCUAGAACGUUAUGUACAAGAAAAGAAUUUAAUGAUUAGCGAUUUUAUAACAAGAGGUGUACUAUUCUCUGGUAGUAUUUGGUUAGUAAACUUUACUCCAACUAAAGUUAGUCCAUUUAUUCAUACUAUUCUCACUAAAAUGGUUUUCAUUCACAAUGAAAUUAUGAAAACAAUUAAUAGUGUUGAUGUAGCUUUUGGUGUAACCCAAAGAAUUUACGAAUUUUUAUUGAUUUCUCUCCGUCACAAUUUCUCUUUAGUCGAUCCAUUAUUCAUUUCAAACGAAGGUAAAGCUCAAUUCCUUUUAGAUGUCUUAUUUAUUGAAAAUAUUUUAGAACCCUAUAAUAACGAAAAAACUCAAAAGCUUUCACAACUUAUAAGAAAAGAUUUAUCAUUUAUAAUUAGUAUUAAUAGUAACAACAAUAAUAAUAAUAAUAGACUUUAUUCAAACAAUACUACAGCCCAAUUUAAUGUUGGCUCAAUUACAACCUCUUUAGAUCCAAUUUUAAAAAGAAAUAUUACAAAAACCUCAUUAUUAUAUAGUUGUUUUAAAAAUUAAUAAAUUAUAAUAGUAUUUAUAUAAUAU